AAAAGAGGAAAAACCAUGAGCUACGCUGAUUGGAUGUCGCAGCUGCCAGCUGAGCUUCACACCAUCCCUCUGUUUAAACUGGCCAUACCAGCAGGGACAAUGAAGCGGGUCAAUGUUGAUGAAGAGAUGGUCUCUGUUGGAGUAGGGGUGUCCAAAGUGCAACCACAGGUCUAUUUGUGACCCCUUGGGGAUUUUGCACGACCCACAAGUGCAACUCUCCAAUGAGUGCAAUUACACUCAUAAGUCCUCUACUGCUGUUGUUGUGUGCAUUUGAGGGAUGGAAUCAGGUUUAACACGCUACACUACACCAAUUAGUUCAUGAUCUACAGAAAACAAAGUUUGUUUUCUGGAGUUCUCGAGAAAGUUAUUGGGAAAUUAACUAAUCUUGUAAAAAAAAAAAAAAAUUAUAUUCUGUGAUUUUUUUUUUUUUUAAAUCAAGUAGAACCAGAGAUAGUGAGUUUUUUCCCCCAAGCUAUAGUAAAUUCAACAUUUUAGAAAACCAAAUUUGAAUACGAGUGGUAUUCAAAUUUAUAGGUAUCUACAGUAAUCUGUAGAUACCUAUAACCCAGAGCAGUAGUUUUCCUACAUGAUCUUUCUUUUGUCAUCCCUAGGAAGCCAUGACUCGAUGAGUUAUGACCUGGACAUCGACUCUAGAAUCAUCGAGCCUGAGAGACUGAGGAGGUUCAGCAGAAUCUACUGCCUGCGGAAAAUCAUCCACACUUGGGCAGCCACGCAGGAGGUGUGCAUAACUGAGCAGUUGAAUGCUGGAGCUCGCUACUUUGACCUUAGGAUUGCCCGCAAGCCAAACGACACAAAUCCCACCAGGCUUUUCUUUCACCAUGGCCUGUACACCCGAACUGAUGUUGAGACUGUACUCGGGGAAAUAAACAUGUGGGCAGAGAGUCAUCCUAAAGAAAUCAUCAUCCUGUCUUUAUCCCACUUUGAGGGGUUUGACAAAAAGAUCUCCAGACAACUUCACAACCACCUCAUCACCUUCAUGAAAAAUCUGUUUGGAAAGAAACUCCUCCCGAAGACGAACUCUCCCACCCUGAAGAGCUGCUGGAGUCAAGGCAAAAACAUAAUAGUCUCAUACGACAACAUACAAUUUAUACAGCCUGUGUUAUGGAGAAAAAUAACUUAUUACUAUGGCAACAGCAUGGACCGUGCAGUAAUUACAACCAAACUCUCUCAGGCUUUGGAAAAGGAGAAAUCCUUCAACUAUUUCUUUGUCUGUGGCUUGAAUCCAACCCUACCACAUGACACCAGAAUCCUCAGGUACAUCCUUCGCAUUUGUGACAACUUCACCAACGUUGUGCGAAGGGGUCUGCCAAAAUUGCUGCGGUGGGUGAACCAGCAAUACGACAAGACGCCAAUGAACAUCGUGGCCUCAGACGUAGUGACUCGAGAUGAUUUCGUCGCAACGAUUGUGAAGCUCAACUUGAAACGGGCAAAAGGACGAUGAAAACGUGUCUACCCGUUUUAUUUAUAUGUUUAUUUUUGUAAAAGAUUGAUUUUUAUAUUUAUCAAGAAGACUUAAAAAGUCACUUGAUGCUUUACUUGUUUCUACGCAUAUUGUUUCUAUUCUUGAGCGACAUAAAUACAGCUAACCUUUGAGUAAAUUGGCCUCAGAAGGCAAAAUUUUAAUUUAACAGGGUUUAUGCGCAAUUUUUAUGUAAUUUCCAUAAUUAUCCUGAUUCUAUUUCCUUUUUGAAAGAGUUGUCAGUUCUGAGAAAAUUAAAAACAUUUAUUUUCAAUAAAACAGUUUACAUGGGAUUUGUUGACAUUUCUACAACUUCAAUGUGACGCCAGAAAAAGGAGAGAAGUAGAGGAAGACAAGCAAAGAUAGUGAGGUGUGACUCAGAAGAAAGGAGAGAGAAGAAAGUGAGGCAGUAAGCAAAAAAGGAAAGGCAU